UGUCAACCUACACCGAGCACACACAUAUAUCCCUCCCUCUCCUCUGCUCUGCUGGAGGGCCGCUUCCAAUUUGCCUUCCCUCUCCUCGUCCCCGGCUCCAUUGGCCUGCGCGCGGUGCCACUCAACGCGCCUCCUCUCUCCUCUCCAGCCCGAGCGGAGCAGCAACAGCUCGGAAACAUCUGUCCGCCGCAGAGAGCUCCACUCCCCGGUCCCUCCCGACAACCUCAGCUACGCCCGGCCGCUGUGGAAAUGAGCCCAAAGUGUGUGUAGUUUGGCGGAAGAGGCGCAGAAGGCGGAGGACGCGGACGCGGAGGAGCCGUGAGGAGCGAGCCGUCUGUUAUGAGGACGGCAGGAUGGAGUUCCCAGACCACAGCAGACAUUUGCUCCAGUGUCUGAGUGAGCAGAGGCACCAGGGCUUCCUGUGUGACUCCACGGUGCUGGUGGGCGACGCUCAGUUCCGCGCUCACCGCGCCGUGCUCGCCUCGUGCAGCAUGUACUUCCACCUCUUCUACAAGGACCAGCUGGACAAACGGGACGUGGUGCACCUCAACAGUGACAUCGUCACGGCGCCCGCCUUCUCCCUGCUCCUGGAGUUCAUGUACGAGGGAAAACUGCAGUUCCAGAACCUGCCCGUAGAGGAUGUGCUCGCCGCCGCCAGUUACCUGCACAUGUACGACAUCGUCAAGGUUUGUAAGAAACGACUGAAGCAGAAGGCCACGGCCGAGGCCGACAGCACGCGCAAAGAAGACGACGGCUCCAGCUGCUCCGAUAAAGCGGACAGCCUGUCGGACGGCUCCACGGGACGACCCGCCACGGCCGACCUGCUGCACAGCGACGAGGAGGAGGAAGGAAAGACCGAGGCGGCGCCGCUGUGGCUCAGACUGCCCUCCUCCGACAGAGCGCCCACCCCCGCCAUGACCUCAGGCAGUCCCGCCAACGGAGAGGCCGAGACCCAGAGCGCAGACAGACUGACGGAGCAGAAGCUCCUCUCUCCGGCCGGCAGCCCCAGCAGCUCCACCGGCUCCCUGUCCCGGAGGUCGCCCCACUCCAUCAACUCCCGUAGAGAUCACCGAGGACGCAGGGUGUCCAACGACGCCGCCGACUGCGUCCUAGACCUGUCUGUCAAACCCUUAGGUAGCAACCACAACAGCCACCAGCCGCCGUACUUCAGCGGCACCGCCACGCCGGACAGUCUGCAGAGCCCGCUGACCGUCAGGGUCAAAGUGGAGAGAGGCGUGGCCUCGGACGAGGACGAGGACCUGGGAGGAGGGGAUUACGACAUGGAGCACAGCGGACUCAAGGUGACGGCCCCCAGCACCAACGGGGGCCUGGCCCACCACAUGGUGGGGGGUCCCCUGUCGGCCCAGAGGAGACUGGGUCUGGAGGCCCACCUGUCGGCCCUGCGCGAGGCCUCUCUGGCCUCAGAGCUGGAGCGAGAAGACAAGGCCACGACGGGCGCGGACGACGAGGACCUACUGGGCGGAGAAAACGACCGCACUCCGACCGAGGCGGCCGCGAUGGACGGCUCUUUGCUGCCCUACGUGUCCAACAUGCUGUCGGCCACUCACACGCAGAUCUUCAUGUGUCCUCUGUGUAACAAAGUGUUCCCCUCGCCGCACAUCCUCCAGCUCCACCUCAGCUCGCACUUCAGAGAGCAGGAGGGCAUCCGGUCCAAACCGGCCGGAGACGUGAACGUUCCCACCUGCACCAUCUGCAGUAAGACCUUCUCCUGCAUGUACACGCUGAAGCGCCACGAGCGGACUCACUCUGGGGAGAAGCCCUACACUUGUACCACGUGCGGAAAGAGCUUCCAGUACUCGCACAACCUGAGCCGGCACGCCGUGGUGCACACGCGCGAGAAGCCGCACGCCUGUAAGUGGUGCGAGCGCCGCUUCACUCAGUCCGGGGACCUUUACCGACACAUCCGGAAGUUUCAUUGUGAACUGGUCAACUCUCUGUCGGUGAAAAGUGAACCUCUGGCACUGCCCAACGUGAGGGACUGGGCCAUAGAGGACAGCUCCCAGGAACUGUGGAAGUGAAGAGCUGCUCCACGUCGCAAAUUCAACUGCACUUUAAUAGCACAGAAAAUGUUACUACUGAAUAUUUGAGUUCUUUAUUUUGGUGUGCGAUGUGUCGGUGGUUUUUCCGGAGCGGCUCUGGACCGGUCGCUCUGAGAGUUUUGUGUUUUUUUUGGUGUUGUACCUCACAACGCUCCGAGUCCGACACUGGUGUCAUAUCAGACGGUCGAACCCACUGAAGCUGAAGCAUUAUCCACACUAAACGGGUACUGUGACCGCACACACACACACACACGCGUUAACACAUGUGUGUGUGUGUCAAACUGCACUACUCUGGCAAAAAUCUCAUGUGGAGUGUGUGAGUGUCUGUUUCCUUUGGUUUGAGGCGCUUCUUUAAGCUCUUGUGGAAGGGAAAGCUCAUUGAUCCACUCAUGCAAUGCACAGCCUCCCGUUUCACUUCCAAUCAAUUUGAAGUAUUUUUUAAAUAAUCUUGGAAAUUAUAAUUAUUAUUAUUAUUGUUAUUCUGAAUAGAGUUUUUCUUAAAUCUAGCUGGCAGUCUUUAAACAUCUCUUGUUGAAAAGGUAUUUAAUUUAAGGUUGUGUAUAUUGUUCUAGAGUUUUAAUCUUUGAUCUUUUUAAAUUAAUAUGAUAAUUAUUAUUUUUUAUGACUUUUUGUAAUGGGACCUGCUGUUGUUGCAUGACGUCCACAUCUGUAUAUUUUAAGAUGAAAUGUGAAUUUGCUGUAUUACUGUACACAUGUGAACAAACGGGCUCUUCUUUCAUUUUCCAUUUUCUGUGAAUAUUUCUCAAAGGUGCAGUUUGUUCAAACAUCUGGAAAAUGCAUGAACUUUUUGAUUUUUGUCUUUUUUGAUUUGAUUUUGUUUUGGAGGAGUUUUCAAAAGUGAAGGGGGUUUAGUGUCUGUGGAGGAGCGAGCGACGCGGCGCCGAAACGUGUGGAGCCUGAGUCUAUAUGCACUGAUCUGCUGUGUGUGUGUGUGUGUGUGUGUGUGUGUGCAAACUACUGAACAUGUGUGCGUCUCUAACUCAGCACUUCCUCCUGCUCUUCCUCAGGCGUUUGUGUGUCGCUGUGUCUCUGUGGUCCUCUCUGCUCCAGAGUGGUGUCGCUCUGUCAGGGUGGUGUCGCUCUGUCCGGGUGGUGUCGCUCUGUCCGGGUGGUGUCGCUCUGUCCGGGUGGUGUCGCUCUGUCCGGGUGGUGUCGCUCUGUCCGGGUGGUGUCGCUCUCUCAGGGUGGUGUCGCUCUCUCAGGGUGGUGUCGCUCUGUCCUGGUGGUGUCGCUCUCUCAGGGUGGUGUCGCUCUCUCAGGGUGGUGUCACUCUCUCAGGGUGGUGUCGCUCUCUCAGGGUGGUGUCGCUCUCUCAGGGUGGUGUCGCUCUCUCAGGGUGGUGUCGCUCUCUCAGGGUGGUGUCGCUCUCUCAGGGUGGUGUCACUCUCUCAGGGUGGUGUCGCUCUGUCAGGGUGGUGUCGCUCUCUCAGGGUGGUGCUGCUGGUCUGUGGGUGGUGUAGCUCAGACUGGACUGAGGUGGAGGAGGUGGAGGCUGAAUCGUCUUGGUGAAAGUUGAAGCCUCAGAUCAGAGUGAAGUUGAGCUGAGACCUAACAAACACAACACACACAACACACACAACACACACAACACACACAACACGACACACAAACACACACAACAAACACAACAAACAAACACUACACACACAACACACACACACAACACAACAAAAACACAACACAACAAACACACACGACACUCACAACACGACACACACAACAAACACACAAACACAACAAACACGACACACACAACAAACACAACAAACACGACACACACAACAAACACAACACAACAAACACACAAACACGACACAACACGACACACACAACACACAAACAAACACGACACACACAACAAACACAACAAAAACACGACACACACACAAACACAAGUGGCUCGACUAAAUGCAUCUUUUUUGCUGAGUCGUUUCUUUAUAAAAUGAUUCUGAGGAUUUGAUUCUGAAUCGUUUUAAAUCAGUUAAAGUUAAAUUUAAAUUAAUGUUUAUUUAAAAUGACGUUUAUUUGUAAAUGUCAAUAUUUUAAUGACACUGGAAAGAAACUGAACAUUUAAACAUUUUGUGUCUGAGUGUGAGGGUUUAGACUGGGCCAUAGACGUGGGCCACAGAGGGGUCAGUGUGGGCCACAGAGGGGUCAGUGUGGGCCACAGAGGGGUCAAUGUGGGCCACAGACACACAGGGCCACAGUGGAGCUGGAGCUGACUUCAGUCUGUGCUCAUGAGUUUCUUGUGAUGUUCUGUUGUACUUGAAGGCCUUAAACUGCUGUCGUCCAGCCUCUUCUUCUUCUUCUUCUCCUCCUCCUCCUCCUUCUCCUCCUUCUCUUUCUCCUUCUUCUCCUCCUCCUCCUUCUUCUUCUUCUUCUCCUCCUCCUCCUCCUCCUCCUCCUCCUCCUUCUUCUUCUCCUCCUCCUCCUCCUUCUCCUCCUCCUCCUCCUCCUCCUUCUUCUCCUUCUCCUCAAACGGUGUGUGUGAAGUUUAUGGAGCUGUGCUGUGAAUGAAUCAUCUCCAAACUUUGACUUUUUUUCGUUGCUUACUUGAAAACACAAACGUCCCGGCGGUCUGUAAACGGGCGGAGCGUGCGGGGGGGCGGGGCUUCGUACAAGUUUUUCUGUCUCUUUUCAAAGACGACAAUCAGUGGAAAACGAGCUGAUUUAAAUUCAGAGACAGUUGCUCCCCGUUUGAGACUAAAACUAUGUUCUUUUUUUAUUUAAAUUUCAGAUUUAGUCAUUUUUUUAGCUUUGACAAUCAUAGUUUUUAUUUGCGUUUCUCAAGGGGAGUAAACUCUAAUGUGUUUAGUUUUGUAAUUUCUGGUGUGUGCUGUUGUUUUUAAAUCGUGUGCAAACUGCAAUAAAUUAUAAGAAUCUUGAAACUUGAA